AAGUGCGAGACGGAGAGGAGGAGAGAGGGCUUUUACAGAGUAGAAUUUUUUUUUUGAAACCUCCGUUCUGCUCCUCUCUCAAAAUACAGUUUCACAAAUUCGACACAAAGUUAAACCCUAAUUCCUAUCUGCGAAGUGCGAACGCCUUCUCGCCAUGGAUAGUGCCUUCGCGAGCGCCUCUGCGAUCACUGAUCAGAGGCAAAAGAUCGAACAGUACAAACUCAUUCUCUCCUCCGUCAUCGCAUCCAACGACAUCGCACAAGCGAAGAAGUUCAUUGAUCACAUGUUGUCGGACGACGUGCCAUUGGUGGUGUCGCGACAGCUUUUGCAGACAUUCGCCCAGGAAUUGGGUAGGUUGGAGCCGGAGACCCAAAAGGAGAUUGCCCAUUAUACCCUUAACCAGAUUCAGCCUCGGGUCGUAUCGUUCGAAGAACAGGUGUUGGUAAUAAGAGAGAAACUUGCUGAGUUGUAUGAGUCUGAACAGCAAUGGUCAAAAGCAGCUCAAAUGCUCAGUGGCAUUGAUCUUGAUUCUGGAAUGAGAGUGAUUGAUGAUACAUUCAGGUUGUCGAAGUGUGUCCAGAUUGCUCGCCUAUACCUAGAGGAUGAUGACGCUGUGAAUGCGGAAGCUUUUAUCAAUAAAGCUUCGUUCUUGGUUAGCAACAAGCAGCAUGAAGUAUUAAAUUUACAGUACAAGGUUUGUUAUGCUAGGAUUCUAGAUCUAAAGAGGAAGUUCUUGGAAGCUGCACUGCGUUAUUAUGACAUUUCCCAAAUUGAGAAGCGGCAAAUUGGAGAUGAAGUGAUUGAUGAGGAAGCACUAGAGCAAGCUCUGGCUGCCGCUGUGACUUGUACAAUUUUGGCUGCUGCAGGUCCUCAACGAUCUCGUGUUCUUGCCACUUUGUACAAAGAUGAACGGUGUUCUAAGUUGAAGAUUUAUCCAAUCUUGCAGAAGGUGUAUUUGGAGAGAAUUUUGAGGAAACCAGAAAUCGAUGCAUUUGCUGAAGAACUAAAAGCACAUCAGAAAGCGCUUUUACCAGAUAAUUUUACUGUGCUGGAUCGUGCUAUGAUUGAGCAUAAUCUGCUGAGUGCUAGCAAACUUUACACAAAUAUAAGCUUUGAUGAGUUAGGCACGUUGCUUGGCAUUGCUCCUCACAAGGCUGAGAAGAUAGCAUCAAGAAUGAUCUAUGAAGAUAGGAUGAGGGGAUCUAUUGAUCAGGUGGAAGCUGUCAUACAUUUUGAAGAUGACACCGAAGAGCUGCAACAGUGGGAUCAACAGAUUGUCGGCCUAUGUCAAGCUCUCAACGACGUCCUCGACAGCAUGGCAAAGAAGGGUUUGGCGAUUCCUGUCUGAUUUAUUCUCCUGUUGAUACAUGGAUUUCUUUCUUUUUGGGGUAUCAAAGGGUGUCCUCAUUCUCUUUGGGAUACAUGGAUUAUUUUAUUAUUGCAUCAUUUGAACAAUUGAUGUUUAUGUUUUGCGGCAAUUUUGUUUGCAUAUUAAGUUAUACAAGUUCUGUCAA